CCUCCAGCCCGAGCCGGGCGACCCGGAUCCCCAGCCCGGGUGACCUGAGCCGCCUGGGCGGGGAGCAGAGGCGGGCGUAGCCGAGGGGCCGCCCCCAGCCGACCCUCCUCCUGCCGGGUCCGCCCCGGAGCGGCGUUGGAUAGCGGGGCGGGGCCCGGGUCAGUGUCGGCCUCCCGCACUGGCCGCGCAGCUGGAGGCGGCGGAGCGUUCCAACCAUGGCUGCCAUCCGAAAGAAGCUGGUGAUUGUGGGUGAUGGAGCCUGUGGGAAGACCUGCCUCCUCAUCGUGUUCAGCAAGGAUCUGUUUCCAGAAGUCUAUGUCCCCACUGUCUUUGAGAACUACAUUGCAGACAUUGAGGUGGACGGCAAGCAGGUGGAGCUGGCUCUGUGGGACACAGCAGGACAAGAAGACUAUGAUCGCCUGCGGCCUCUUUCCUACCCGGACACUGAUGUCAUUCUCAUGUGCUUCUCCAUUGAUAGCCCUGACAGCUUGGAAAACAUUCCUGAGAAGUGGACUCCAGAACUGAAGCACUUCUGCCCCAAUGUGCCCAUCAUCCUGGUGGGGAAUAAGAAGGACCUGAGGCAUGAUGACUACACCAGGAGAGAGCUGGCCAAGAUGAAGCAGGAGCCUGUUCGAUCUGAGGAAGGUCGGGACAUGGCGAAUAGGAUCAGUGCCUUUGGCUACCUUGAGUGCUCAGCCAAGACCAAAGAAGGGGUGCGGGAAGUAUUUGAGAUGGCCACCCGGGCUGGCCUCCAGGUCCGCAAGAAUAAGCGCCGGAGAGGCUGUCCCAUCCUCUGAGCGCUCCCCACACCCUGAACUCCCUAGUUUUCCCUCCCCUUCCUUCACAGGGGGUUCGAAUUACCCCCUCACUCCACUUUUGUAAAACUUAAUGCUGAAGGUUUCUUUUUUGGUUCCUUCCUGCCCAGGACUGCAUCGAGUUUUCCUAGCCCCAAGUUGGGGUUGGUAGGCCCUCCCUCCCAGUUUCUGGGAAGUAGGCUGGUGCCCUGCCCUUCCUGAACAGGGCCCCCUCCUCCUGCUGCCCUGGCCUAGGGUGGGGCUCCUGCUCCCUUCUGCCUUCCCCACAUCACACACCAGCACUUUAUAUACUUCUGGCUCACAGGAGUGAGUUUAGGGUAGGGACUAGGGUCUCUGCUUUGGUAGUAGCCUUGUCUCUUGACUGUACUUGGUGGAAGGGGAGGGGGUGAAUAAAGGUCAAAGGUUCCCA